AUGUCAGAGGACCCGGGGGGGGGGCUCCUCGUCCUUCUGGAAUCCCGAUUCAAUAAAGCCAGUAUCACCGGGCAACUGUCACUCUGUCAUAAACUGUUGUCCGCAAUACCGCGAGUUAUGUUGACCAAUUUCAGGGAUAUCUACAUAAAUAUGCUUGCCCUCAAUCCAUACAAUGUGCUCAAAGAAGCACUCCACUGUCGUAUGGCGAGUUCGGAAGAGAAGCGCAUCCAGCUUCUCCCGUCUGGGAUACAACUGCGAAAUCUUGGUCUAUCCCAGUCGCUGCAACAAAUGCGUGCCUUAGUAGGCAACGUAACGUUAGGCGACACUGUACCAUGCCAGAUCUGGCUUCAGCGGCUCCCACCGUAG